AUGGCAAAUGAGUUGCAGAUCCAGAUUUGUGACCUCGAUACGUACCAACACGUAACGACCCCGUUGGAUCAGCUACAUGGACUUGUUCCUAAAGUUCCAUUCAUCAGGAUCUACGGGACCUUGAGGGUUGAGGGCUCAGAAACCCACGCGUAUAACGUCCUUGUACAUGUGCAUAACUACUACCCGUACGUCUACAUCGACUGUCCCAACUCAAAAUUCAGAGCGCUUGAUGAUGCAUAUCUCAAAGACCUCAAGAACUAUUUCAACCAGGAGAUCCAAAAGUCUUUUCAGAAGAGGGCCGUAGAGGCGGAUGAAUCUGAUGGCGAUAUAGAUGAUGAUCCCGAUUGCAACCUGAACUUCGUUGCUUGUGUUGAGUACUGUCGAGGGGCACCAGUGUAUGGGUAUCACCUUGGUUUCAAGCAAGUUCUCAGGGUGCUGCUUCUUCUGCCUCUAUACAAAACUAGGUUAGUCAGGUUGAUUACCUCUAACAAAGUUGAUGUAUGGAACUUUGACGGAAAAAUAAAAAGAAGGUUGGGAAUUCCAAAUCUUUAUGAGGCCCAUAUUCCUUACACAUCUCAGUUCCUAGCUGAUUACAACCUUUAUGGUUGUGCUUAUCUACGAACUAAGAAUGCAUAUUUUAGGGCGCCUUUAAUCAACCAUUCUAAUGUCAAAAUUGAUCCCUUGAAGAGCUACCUCAAGCCAUUCCUUGCAGAUAAUAAUAUAUUGCAGUCCAAGCGCUACCCUCGAAUAGGUAGGUCGCUACUUGAAAUUGACAUACAUCCAAAGGACAUCUUAAAUCGUUCUGAUCUAAUCGAAAGGCGAAACCAUAACGACUUUUCCGAAUUCAACAAAGAGUUUAAUCCAGCACACAUUCACUUGUCCUCUUUGAGGUUCACAUUCGAGGAUUUAAAAUAUCAAUGUAUCCUCAGAGAUAUGAAUAACACUUCUCAGUUACUCCAUGAGCUGUAUUCCCAAGUAUUUAGCCGUAUAGGCGAAAAGGGAUAUCAGAAUUGGGAAACAUUGGAGCGAUAUCGUGAGCUCAUCGCAUACGUUGCCAAGUUGAACGGGGCCACGAACUUCAGUGAUCCGAAUACAUAUUAUGACAACGUUAUCAAGCCAUCCUUAAAUGGGGACAUUCCAACUUGUUUUGAAAGCAUUGAUCGCUCUUCAUCAUUAGACAAAUUUCAAAAGCUGACACCGCUCAGUUUCCAGGACGACUUAAAACGAUGGGCAGAUUUCGACUCUCUCUUUAUCUUUGAGGCUGAUGAACGUAGAAAAGUUGGGUCUGAAAACCUGGCCAGUUCUUCGGUGGUCUUGCAAAAAAGCAUUUCAGAUGAUCAGAAGAUUGAUGAGGAGUUGUCACCAUCAAGAAGACCACAUCAGGUGGACAUGCAAAUCUCAUCACCAGACCUACUGCUGGUGUCUUCCAGUUCACUGAACCCACAGAGUGCGGAUCCUAGUCAAAAACCCAAUGUUAAAAGCAUUUUUACGUUUGCAAACUCUCGGCAUACUCCUCUUAAACGAUCACAUUCCCAAGUAGAUUCAUAUGAUUCCAAUUCUCUGGGAUCAGCUUUCACCCAAUCACUGCAUUGUCUUGUCAAAAAUCCAAAGGUUCUAUUGGAGUACACUUCUGCCUCAGAAUUGAAGAAGUCAAACUUUAUCAAGACAUUGAAGCUGGCUGGAAUGAUGGAAAUUGACUAUAAUGACCCUUCUUACUCGAACAUAGAAGAUGUUCAUGCCAAGCCUCUAAUAUUUGCUAACAAAAAGAUCGUUGUUCCGCAUCUGGGUGAUGAGACAUUGACACCAUAUUUCGACAGAUCUGUUGAAGUUGAGGAGAUUGAUGAAGAUCUGCGACGUGAGAUCACUGUAGCCAAACCUCAAUUCUGGCAGUACAUUCCCGAUCCGCCCACAAAACUAUUCAUUAGAAACUGGGCCGCUGUUUUUGAAAAAAAUCACCAAUACAAAAACAAACGCUUUAGGUCCCAGAUUGAGCCAGCUGUGACACAAACAUAUGAUUUCAAGUAUUCUUACAGAUCGGUCAAAGUUGCUAGAAAUCCCAGUGGGUUCUUGAACAUGACCACUCUUCAUAUGGAAGUGCAUGUCAAUACUACCUCAGAAAAUGCUCCAAACCCACACACGGAUGCAAUUUGUGCAAUCGUAUAUCAUUUUGAUGAUGCAAAUAGUAUGUUUAGAGAUAACAAAGAAACCACAGCUGUCAUGGUAUGUCCUCCACGUUCGGAUCAUGCUCGCCUUCUGGAUAUUUACCAAAAGGUUGCUUCCAUGAUGGGUGUCACGAUGAAAGUUUUUGAAUCAGAGAAAUCAAUGAUAAGCUCGUUCUUGGAAUACAUCGACCUAUUUGAUCCGGACAUCUUGUCGGGCUACGAAAUUAAUGCCUCAAGUUGGGGAUACUUAGUGGAACGUUACAAUGAAAUUUAUGAAGAAAAUCUUCUUGCUAGACUUAGUCGGUCUCAAUUCAAAAGUAAUGGGAAGUUUGGUGAUCGUUGGGGAUAUACACAUACGUCAACUCUUAAGAUCAACGGGCGGCAUCUACUUAACAUCUGGAGAGUCCUUCGCUCAGAGCUCAGUCUUACAUCGUACUCUCUUGAAAACGUUUGCUUCCACUUACUACAUCAAACUCUACCCAAAGUUGAAAACAGAGAGCUCAGUAUGUGGUUCUUGAGUGGAAACUUUAGCAAGACGUUCAUGCUAUGUAAAUAUCUCAUCCAUCGUGUUGAGCUCAUACUAAAGAUAAUGAGUGUUCAAGAGAUCGUCUUACGGAACGUCGAGCAAUCGAGAUUGAUUGGUGUAGACUUCAAUUCCAACUUCUAUCGGGGCUCGCAAUUCAAAGUGGAAUCUAUAUUGUUGCGUAUUGCGAAAGAAGAGAACAUGCUCCUCAAUUCUCCAUCAAAAAAUCAAGUUCACGAUAUGCGAGCGUUGGAUUCAAUACCGCUCAUCAUGGAGCCUGACUCAAAUUUUUACAAGUCCCCUCUAGUCGUAUUGGAUUUUCAGUCGUUGUACCCAUCCAUUAUGAUAGCUUACAACUACUGUUACUCAACACUUCUCGGUCCAAUUGAAGGUUAUGAACAGAAUAAGAAUGUGGUAGGUUAUCUACCGCACCUAAAACUUCCCAGAGGUAUCAUCGAUAUACUAUUAAAAAACGAUGGUAUCAACAUCUCUCCUAAUGGAAUGAUGUUCGUAUCCAGCAGGUUUCGACGGUCAAUUUUGUCAAGAAUGUUGCAAGAGAUUUUGAAUAUGAGAAUUAAUGUCAAAGCAGUGGCUGGAGCAUUCCGAGAGGACAUUGAGCUUGCUAAAUUGUACAACCUGAAGCAGCUCGCAUUAAAACUCAUAGCAAAUGUUACAUAUGGCUACACAUCAGCCAGUUUCAGCGGCCGAAUGCCAAAUUCCGACAUUGCUGACGCAAUUGUAUCGACAGGAAGAGAGAUUCUCACGAAGUCUAUAGAAAUCAUUGAAGGCAGUCCCUUCGAGGCUAAAGUUGUGUACGGCGAUACCGAUUCUUUAUUUGUAUACUUUCCGGGGCGAUCUAAAGAGCAAGCUUUCGAGUUUGGUAAGCAGCUUGCAAAGGACAUAACUGAGUUCUUUCCUGAUCCUAUAAAGCUUAAGUUUGAGAAGAUUUACCAUCCCUCUGUUUUGUUGGCGAAGAAACGUUAUGUGGGGCAAUGCUAUGAGUUUGAGGACCAGAAGGUUCCAAAGUUUGAAGCCAAGGGUAUAGAAACAAUCCGCAGAGAUGGAAUUCCAGCCCAGCUGAAGAUGGUUGGCAAAAGUUUGUGGAUUCUUUUUGAUACCAAGGACCUUUCAAAAGUAAAGCUGUAUGUUAUUGAUCAGUUCCAAAAGAUUUUUCUCAACAAGGUAAACGUUAAAGAUUUUUGUUUUGCUAAAGAAGUCAGGUAUGGCUCCUAUAAAAAUGAGAAAUAUUUGCCGCCAGGGGCUAUUUUGGCGCAGAAGAAGGUAUCAAAAGAUCCCAGGAGUGAGCCUCAGUACAGAGAACGGAUUCCCUACCUUGUAACUCGUGAUUCAACUAAAGAGAGAGUCAAGGAUAGAUGCGUCAGUCCGGAUCAGUACGUAUCAUCUUACAGCUCGAAUGAUCCUUUGGAGCUUGAUUUUGAGUACUACAUUACUCGAGUUUUGAUUCCACCUUUGGAAAGGGUAUUCAACUUGAUGGGUGUAAACAUCCAAGAGUGGUACAGAGAGAUGCCGAAGUCCACGACUCAUCUUGCAUUGACAAAACAGGACGUUACGAAAAUCAGCGACAUCGUGCAAUAUGACCAAUGUUACUUUUGCCAACGAAGCCUCAAGCAUUCACCAUCGAGGUACUUGUGUCAAUUUUGCUAUGGUCAAGAGAUGGGAUUAGCUAUUGACGCAGUGUCAAUGGUUAAACAAAAAGAAUCUCAGGUCAUGGACUACGAGAGGGUGUGCACGGCAUGUAUCCAUAGAAAUUUUGCUAACACUUCAAGCGUUGAAUACGUGUGGCAUUGUACAAAUGGGGAUUGCCAAAUAUACUAUGGACGUGUAAAAUGCUCAAGAGAGUACGGCAACAUGGUCGCUAGAAGCGAUCAGGUGAUGAAAGAGUUGGACCUACAAUGGUGA